AUUAUUAUUAUUAUUUUUUAAAAAAAAGGGCAAAAAAAGAGAGGCGGUGCUUCACUCUCAGUACUCUUACCCCGUCAGUUGCUCUGCGUGGUUCGGUUGCUCUCCCAUUCCCGCAGGCCGUAGCUGCUGUGCGCUGUGCGCGAGUACGUCCAGCCCACCUCAGGCCCUCAGCUGUUCCUGCUCAGCCUCAGUACCUCCGGUCUUCCAGGUCCUAUCCGGUGUUCGAGGACUCCAGCGGGCGGCGACUCCAGCUCCAAUGCCUUGCCUCCGACUUCGAGCCUAAAUCAAACCAGCUUCUUCUUCCCAAAACAACUGAAAAGUAGCAAGCAUUUUGGCACUUAUGAUUGAUAUCAUGGUCACAAAUCUUGUCCAAUCACCAAUCCCAGCGUCCUAUGUGGUUCCCCUCAUAUCUGAAAUCCCAAAGAUGAUGAGAAUUGGAUUGGAUGCACAAACCACAGGCCCAAGGAAAAAAAGAACCAGAUUUGGAAAGUGCCUUUCUGGGUACAAACCACCUAUUUACACUAGCAAAGUUGCAAAACAUAACUCAAGUUUGGUUGGGGAUGACAAGGAAAUAGAAGAAACUAACAAAGAUAGAGCAGCAGAUUUAAGGUCAGUUGCCCAGAUCAAAUCAGACCUUUAUGAGGCAUUACAAGGGAUCAGCAGAGGCAUUUUUGGAGUCACAUCAACGAAGAAACAUGAGAUUGAGGGUCUGGUUAAUCUGCUAGAAUCUCAGAAUCCAACUCCAGAUCCCACUCUGAAUCUGGAGAAGGUGGAUGGACGGUGGAAGCUUGUUUACAGCACAGUUACUAUUUUGGGGUCAAAGAGAACGAAGCUAGGAUUGCGAGAUUUCAUCACCUUGGGGGAUUUUUUCCAAACCAUUCAUGUUUCUGAGGGCAAAGCAGUUAACAUGAUACAGUUCUACGUGAGAGGAUUAAAUUUGUUGAAUGGACAACUGACGGUGGAGGCCUCCUUCAAGAUUGUCUCCAAAUCAAGAGUUGACAUUAAUUAUGAGAGCUCAACGAUCACUCCUGAACGGCUGAUGAGCGUGUUCCGAAAGAACUAUAAUCUCUUGCUAAGCAUCUUUAAUCCAGAGGGUUGGCUUGAGAUCUCAUAUGUUGAUGAUGAAAUGAGGAUAGGGAGGGAUGACAAAGGUAAUAUCUUCAUAUUGGAAAGAUCAUAACUGAUCAAGCCCCAAUGAUGUACUUUUUGUUCUAAACUUCCUAAUUGGAAGUCUAUUUUUUGUUUUCUUCAAAUUUUUUAGAAUGAAUGGCAGAACUUCCCUUUUGAUUGACAUUGGAGUUCUAGCCAAUGCAUGUUCCCUUUCCAACUUACUAAACUUGCUACACCAGUUGUAGCAUCCUCCUCAUAGUUGUAUUGCCCCCACGAGAGAAAAAAAAAAAAAAAAAAGUAACUUGGCAAAUUGAUGUAGUGGAACCAAGUUCAUGCAA